AUGACCAAAUGCGAUGUGACGGCGUUCGCCGACAAUCCCAAGAUCUACUGGUCUUAUUGUCCGUCCGAGGCGGCAGCAAUCCUUUUCGUCGUGCUUUACGGCCUGACGACCUUUGUCCACCUGGCACAGGCGAUCAUCUAUCGUCAGAAGAAUGCUUAUAUCAUCACCUUUGGCGGCCUACUUGAGACGACGGCAUUUAUCCUUCGGCUGAUUGUCAUCAAGACCCUGGAUCUGUCGGAGGUGUACGAGGCACAGUUUAUCCUCAUUCUGAUCGCUCCAUUAUGGAUUAACGCCUUUGACUUUGUUCUCCUCGGUCGCCUCGUGGACUAUUGUCUGCCUGACCGGAAGCUCAUGAGGAUACCAGCAAAAAGAAUUGCGAUUCUGUUCAUCUGCGGCGACAUUGGGGCAUUCCUGUUGCAGCUCGGCGGAGCAGCAAUUACAACCUCGACCGACAACAAAACAAUCAACAUCGGACUACAUGUGUACACGGCGGGUGUGGUGUUGCAGCAGUGUUUUAUUUUCUGCUUCCUGGCUCUCUCCAUCGCUUUCCGACGCCGGUUGAAAAAGGAGUGUGAUCCGGAAAAAGCCAAUGGCAGCGAAUUGGUCCUCAAUACGAUUUGGGUGUCCCUUGCACUGAUUUCGCUACGAAUCAUCUUUCGGAUUGUCGAGUUCGCAGGCGACAACAAUAGCAAGCUUAGCCGCGAAAUCGGCAACCAUGAGAUCUAUCUGUAUCUGUUCGACUGCUUGCCUAUGAUUUGCGCACUGUUCAUCUUCAACGUCGUGCACCCGGCGCGCGUGUUGCGGAACGCCGAGUAG